AUGCAGAGGCGACCUGGGCCUACUCGUUCUGCUGCUCUCUCAACCUGUCUAGAGCUCGCUGCAACUCCUCAAUUUGCAGUAACGGAGCCAGUUGGGGAUUGCUUUCACCCACGCGAGUCUGGCCCUCGCGAUUACGAUUCAGGAGAGUCCAGAGGUCGGACUCCUCUUCGCCUCGAUCGACGUUUUCGGCCGCUCUCGACACAUGCUGGCUGGAGGCGUGUGAAGGCAGUGGAUGGUGCGGGGUAUUUUCACGAUCCUCACGGUGGUACAAACCGCCCCGCGAGGUGUAAGGACCACCCUUAUGAUAGCGAUCAGGAUCGUUCUGCUGGCGGUGAUAAGAAUCGCCCCGCCCAGCACUUUUGUUUGGGUUCACCUGCGACGUGGCAUGGGACAGCUCGGGAUUUAUUUUUUUGCCGAGUCUCAUGGAAAAACAUACAAGCUCAACACAAGAAACAAAAGCACAGCUAUGGAGUCAUCAAGAUAGUAGCUGCCGAAGAAGAACCAGUGCCUGUGCCUGUGAGCCCUAUUGCGCAAUAUUUCAAUAGCUCAGUGUUGUCCAUUGUCGUUAUUGGUGUUCUGGAAACAGAAGUGCCCAUUGAUGACUCCCAAACUAUCCCAUUGCUAAAAAAUAUGCUCCUCCCCAUUAACCCGCGCUUUUCGUCCAUCAUGGUUGACACAAAUGGAGUUAAACAAUGGAAGAAGGUUGAAGUGCAGCUAAAAGACCACGUAAAAGUUCCUAUUUUCCCAGCAGAAAUGACACCAGAAUUUUACGAAAAAUGCCAGCAUGACUAUAUCUCAAAAAUAGGCAUAGAACCGCUUUCACAGCACCGACCUUUAUGGGAAAUUCACCUCUUUAAAUACCCAACAUGCAAUGCAGCUGGUACUAUAAUAUUCAAGCUUCACCAUGUACUUGGUGAUGGCUUCUCUUUGAUAGGAGCUCUUCUUUCAUGUCUCCAAAGAGCCGACGAUCCUUCUCUUCCAGUGACAUUUCCUUCUGUCACAACACAACCAAUAAUUUCGAGCGAAAAUGGCGACAAUGGCUUAAUCAGGAAUGUGCCUGAAAUUGUGUCUUUAAUAUUUAAUUCUGCUACAGAUUUUUUUCAGAGCCUGAAAAGUAGUCUGGUUAAAAAUCGACAAACGCCUAUACGAUCUGGCAGCAUCGAAGUGGGGUAUGGACCAGUGAGCAUAUCAACAAUUAGGGGUGUCCGACGAGUCGAGCGGCUCGACUCGUCUGGAGAGAAGCUCUGGUUGUUUGAACAACUUUUAGAGCAAGUUGUAUUUGUCACUGCUAGCUGCCCCUAUCAAGUGAGAAAUCUUCAGGUGAGGCAUGAGUACAUGAUAUGCAACAUGUUAUUUGGAUGGGUUUUACAUUUCAUUGUUAAUCCUAAACAGGAUUGA